AUGGAAGAAGCGGAGACCAUGGACCAGACGGAGGUGGAGACGCGUCCUUUGGAUGUGAUGGCAUUGGCUGCACGGCUCGGCAUCGCCUUUCCACAACUGGCCGCUGCGACUGCGACCAGCACCGCCGACACCUCGUCAGUGGAGACGCCGUACUCUCAAGCACUACCGAUAGCAACAUUGGCCUCACAUCUGCUGGCAGCCAGUCAAAGUCUCACUGCGCCCUUCAGCGGUGGAACUGCUAGCAGUACCAGCGGGGAAUCGCAAACUACGCCCGCUACUGCUGCCACCGAGGCCAGCCAGUUGGCGAUGGCCUCUUUGGCGUCACAACUGUUGCCGACGACGACGCCGUCCAGCUUGUCGCUGAUUGCACCCGGUUUUCAAAUGCUCAACACCCAACUGCCAGUGCUCAAUGAACUCUGCAAUAACGAACAGCAGCAGCUCGACACACCCACUGAACACAAUCUGCUUUCAAUGACUUACGAUCAACUCCAUCCCAGCCACUCUGGUGAAGACGAUCGAGGCCAUGGAGUGAUUCGAGUUGAAUCGGUCGAUGAGUCAUUCGAUUUAUGGACAGCCGUGUACAUAGAUGAAAGAUUCGCGGGAGGAGCUGGAAGACGUCUGGCGGAGGACGAGGAGGAGGCGAGGCGUCAGCAGCCACCAACGCGACCCUCUUCGCCGUCACCGCCGACUCAGAGGCCAAAAAUGACUAAUUCUUUUUCAGGAGUCGGUCUGAUGCCGAAGGAAGUUGUCUCUCCUCAGGUAGUCGCCAACUGGUUCGCCAACAAGCGAAAAGAGCUGCGGCGACGUUCUCAAGAAGCUAACGAACAAACGACUGCUGUAGCCGGUCCGGCCACCGGCAGCCAACCGCACACUCCUGGCCAGGCAGGCACCGAAGAAGCCACGGUAUGUAAAGAUAGUCAAGAGCCAAAAAUGACUAAUUCUUUUUCAGGAGUCGGUCUGAUGCCGAAGGAAGUUGUCUCUCCUCAGGUAGUCGCCAACUGGUUCGCCAACAAGCGAAAAGAGCUGCGGCGACGUUCUCAAGAAGCUAACGAACAAACGACUGCUGUAGCCGGUCCGGCCACCGGCAGCCAACCGCACACUCCUGGCCAGGCAGGCACCGAAGAAGCCACGAGUUCCGGUGUUGGAUCUACUCCGUCGCCAAUUAUGGAAGAAGCGGAGACCAUGGACCAGACGGAGGUGGAGACGCGUCCUUUGGAUGUGAUGGCAUUGGCUGCACGGCUCGGCAUCGCCUUUCCACAACUGGCCGCUGCGACUGCGACCAGCACCGCCGACACCUCGUCAGUGGAGACGCCGUACUCUCAAGCACUACCGAUAGCAACAUUGGCCAUCACAUCUGCUGGCAGCCAGUCAAAGUCUCACUGCGCCCUUCAGCGGUGGAACUGCUAG